AUGACGGUGAGCGGGUUCGACAAAGGAGAGGAGCGCGGGCCGGCGUCAUGCAGCGGCACAUACCACGACGACAUGGAAUUUGUGAUGACGGUGUCUACCAAGCUCUACACGAGCGGGGGCCUGUGCGGCAUCAUGUUCCGCAUCACGAGCACGGAGACCGGGCGCAGCACGAUGGCCGAGGUCGUGGAUGAGUGCCACGACUGCCGCGACGACCAGGUGGGAGCGCCGGCCGGCGUGUGGGGACGCCUCGGGCUCGACACCAAUACAUACGAGUACAAUACACAUUUCCUCUUCUCUCUCACAGAAAGAAAGGCGACCCCCGAGGCCAUGGUCUCCUCCUUCGUUAGCAACUCCGACGAAGAAGGGAGCAGGAAUCCUUGA